AUGAAAUUAAAUUCAUAGAAUAAAAUAAGUAGGUAGGUAACGAAAAACAUUACCAAAAAUAUUGAUUUUCGAAUUCAAAUUAAUUAAAUUGUAUUUUAAUUUAAAAAUAGAAUUUAAAAUAAAAUAAAUAAAACAUGAAUAUAAUUUCGUUAACAGUUUGGACUUUAGAAAAUAAUUGUUUUAUUGUUUAUACGACCAUGAUGGUAUGUUUUGUCGCGUUCACAUAUUACCACAAACGUAAGAUAGAAGAGCACAGCAGAAUAGCCAUGAAGAAGGAAGUUUUGGCGCGAACAGCCGCCGGGAGAGAACGCAACUUCCCGAACAAUCCAGACGAAGACCCUGACGCUCUGGCGUCAGCAAUACCAGAGGACACCCCGCACAUUCCCUACAGGCCUCCCCGAAGGUCUGAUGAGGAAAUCCUUCAGCGGUCCCGGGAGUAUUACGAGCUGAUGGCCAAAAGACGAACUGUCAGAGCUUUCAGCCCUGAUCCUAUUCCUCGAGAAGUCCUGGACAACAUUAUCAAAACUGCCGGCACAGCCCCAUCCGGCGCUCACACAGAACCUUGGACAUACGUCGUGGUACAGGAUCCGGAAAUGAAAGCAGCCAUCAGAGAUAUAGUCGAAGAGGAAGAAGAACAGAACUAUAACAAGAGAAUGUCCAGACAAUGGGUGACAGAUCUGAAGCCAUUCCAUACAAUGCAUGUGAAGCCAUAUUUAUCAGAAGCUCCUGCGCUAGUCCUUGUCUUUAGGCAGACUCACUCGUGGAGACCAGACGGCAAGAAGCGGAUGCAUUAUUACAGCGAAGUUAGCGUUGCUAUUGCUGCUGGAAUUCUUUUAGCAGCUAUUCAGUACUGCGGUUUGGUGGCCCUUACAUCGACGCCUCUCAACUGCAACGCACGAUUGCGCGACCUGCUCAGCAGACCAUCACACGAAAGGCUGGAACUCCUCCUACCAGUGGGAAGACCCCAUGAAGACGCUACCGUACCAGACCUUCAGAGGAAACCCUUGGAAGAAAUUAUGGUUAGGAUUUGAAUAGUCGGAAAGAAGGCUGGAGUGUGGGUACCACAAAACAGAAAAACAAUUGUGUAAUGUGAUGAGACUGUCCUAAUUUGUAAAGUAUUCUUGUUAGGUGUUGUUAUUGCUCAAAAAGGAAUAAAAGACAAACUGAUUUUAGGGACAUUUUGUACUAAAAAAAAUAAACAUCAAAAAACGAA